AUGGAACUCACUGCAUCCUUCCUCUCUGCAGUAGCGGUCGCCUCCACCUUCGUCGGAACCGCCCUCUCAGCGACCACCGUCCCCGGAUGCUACGCCGAGUGCAUCGAGAAGGGUGCUGCAGCCGUCAACUGCGCCGUCGACGACAUCGACUGCCUCAGACUCGCUUCCUCGCAGUUCACCACCAUCACCCGCGAAUGCCUCGACACUAACAACUGUACCAGUCUCACCCCUGGUACACCCGCCGACGAAGCCUCCAUCACUACAACCUUCAACAUCCUCUCAGGCCUCGGCCUCAUCGACUCCUCCGAAGUCUUCAGCCUCGCCGACGUCCUCCAAGUCCACCAACGCGACCUCACAGGCCUCAGCCGCAUCCUACCUAUCGACAAACGCCAAAGGUGCAUCGUCCGUCGCGCCACAUGCGUCACUUCAGGCUUGACAGCAUGCGUAAACCACUGCAUCUCGUGCCAUCGCGGGAGUGGCAGCAGCAACUGUGUCGAGUGCAGCGGGGCCCCCAUUAUCCCCACCUUCAUCCCAUUCGCGGUUCUCAUCGCCAUCCACCUUAACAUUCGAAAGUUCCGCUUCUUCCCCAUCCAUCCACCCUCCUCAGCCUGCUCGAGUCCAGAGGCUCCCCAAUCUCCAGACCUGUGCCGUCCACAGCCUCCCCUACGGGCGAAGGUAGUCGAGGUUGCGGUGGAACACGAGGAGAGGAUCCAUUAG